GGAUCUAGGGGGCUGGGUGGAGGGGCAGUGCCUGGCGAAGGGAUAUGGAGUGGGCACGGCCCUGCCUCACGCGAGUGAGGGGUGCUGUGGGUCCUGAGGAAGCUCUCUUGGGAAUUUGCACCCAUCGCUGUCGACCCAUAAGUAGGGUUGGGGGCCCAUUGGGGCCGUGCGCGUUAAAUCUGUAUUCGGAAGUUACAGUACCUGUGAUACGCCGAGAAACUUUCUUUAGAAAGAGGGUGCUCUGCUUUCAGCAAGAGCCACGGUGCGCGCAGGGCUUGCUUGUGGGUGCAUGUUUGGGGUCCCGUGUGUGUGGGGAGGAGGACAUGUGCUUAUCCAGGGAGAUCUGUAGGAAUUUUGUCCAAGGGGGUAUUCAAGGGCUGGAAAAUAUCGUUGUGAGGGAAAGGAGCUCUCGAAGUAGGAUGCAUUAGCAGCUUCAGAGUGCUGAGCAUCGGUGUCACUGAACGGCUUCGUGGAUAGCUCUGCAACAUGUCUAAAUGCAAACUGUACAGGAACCUGGCUGGAGAGUGGCAGACAGCAAGCGCCCAGGGGCCAUUAGCGUCGACGCUCUAUAAAGUAUGAAGAGAGCCCCUCUAUAGUGAAGGAAACAUGGCAGAUAAGAGGAAGCUACAAGGUGAGAUUGAUCGGUGUUUGAAAAAGGUGGCAGAAGGUGUGGAGCAGUUUGAAGAUAUCUGGCAGAAGCUCCAUAAUGCAGCUAAUGCCAACCAGAAGGAGAAAUAUGAAGCCGAUUUGAAAAAGGAGAUUAAAAAACUCCAGAGAUUGAGGGACCAGAUCAAGACGUGGGUUGCGUCCAACGAGAUUAAGGACAAAAGGCAGCUAAUAGAGAACCGGAAACUCAUUGAGACGCAAAUGGAGCGGUUCAAGGUAGUGGAACGCGAGACCAAGACAAAAGCCUACUCCAAAGAGGGGCUGGGCCUGGCGCAGAAGGUGGACCCAGCCCAGAAGGAAAAGGAGGAAGUUGGGCAGUGGCUAACGAAUACUAUAGACACCUUGAACAUGCAAGUGGAUCAGUUUGAGAGCGAAGUGGAAUCUCUUUCUGUCCAGACACGCAAGAAGAAAGGAGAUAAGGAUAAGCAAGACCGGAUUGAGGGUUUGAAGCGACACAUUGAGAAACAUCGGUACCACAUUCGGAUGCUGGAGACCAUCCUGCGUAUGCUGGACAACGACUCCAUAAUGGUGGACUCCAUCCGCAAAAUCAAGGAUGAUGUGGAGUAUUACGUGGAUUCCUCGCAGGACCCCGAUUUUGAAGAGAACGAGUUCCUCUAUGAUGACCUCGACUUAGAAGACAUUCCACAGGCUCUAGUAGCCACUUCCCCACCCAGCCACAGCCACAUGGAGGAUGAGAUGUUCAAUCAGUCCAGCAGCACACCCACGUCCACCACGUCCAGCUCCCCGAUCCCACCCAGCCCUGCGAACUGCACAACGGAGAACUCUGAAGAUGACAAGAAGCGGGGACGAUCAACUGAUAGCGAAGUGAGCCAAUCCCCAGCAAAGAAUGGUUCAAAAAGCCUCCACAACAACCACCAUCAGCCGCCUCCCGCCAUCCCCCCCAGUUACCCGACGGGCAGCAGCUCCAGCACUUCGUCCUCGCUGGGGAACGGGCCUGGCUCCAACAGCAACGGGGCUGUGGCUGGCAGCGGGAACGUGAGCAGCAAAGCUAACCCUCCGGCAGGGCACGCACCCACCACCCCAACCCCCUACGCCCAGGCUGUGGCGCCCCCACCCGCCAGCACCAACGCCUCGCAGCCCCGGCCUCCCAGCACCCAGCAGAACGCCAGCAAGCAGAACGGGGCAACCAGUUACAGUUCCGUGGUAGCCGACAGCAGCUCAGAUUCAACACUAAGCAGCAGCAACCAGUUGUUGCCUAAUCAGACAGCGUCGCACAACCCGCCUAGCGCUUCCACGAAAGAGCCCAACACAGCUCCCCAGCCGCCUAGUGGUGGCAACAGCACUGGAUCCAGUCUCCUGGUGCCUCUGACCGCCAACCCGCCUGCCUCGCCCACGCCCAGCUUUUCCGACAGCAAGCCUGCCCAGACCCUGCUCAAUGGGCCACCGCAGUUCAGCUCCACGCCUGAGAUCAAGGCGCCUGAGCCUCUAAGUACAUUGAAAUCAAUGGCAGAAAGGGCAGCUAUCGGCUCAAGCCUAGAGGACCCUGUGCCGCCUCUUCAUCUCACUGAAAGGGCUGAUAUCUUAAUUACUAGCACGACCUCCCAACCAGCCUCCAAUCAGCCCCCCAUCCAGCUAUCUGAGGUGAACAUCCCCCUUUCGCUUGGGGUGUGCCCCCUGGGGCCUGUGCCUCUCACCAAGGAGCAGCUCUACCAACAGGUCAUGGAGGAAGCAGCCUGGCACCAUAUGCCUCACCCCUCUGAUUCGGAGAGGAUCCGGCAAUACCUGCCUCGGAACCCCUGCCCAACUCCUCCGUACCACCACCAGAUGCCUCCCCCACACUCCGACACGGUGGAGUUCUACCAGCGCCUCUCCACAGAGACUCUCUUCUUCAUCUUCUACUAUUUGGAGGGCACAAAGGCACAAUACCUGGCGGCAAAGGCACUGAAGAAGCAGUCAUGGCGCUUCCACACCAAGUACAUGAUGUGGUUCCAGCGGCAUGAAGAACCCAAGACCAUCACUGAUGAAUUUGAGCAGGGCACUUACAUCUACUUUGACUAUGAGAAAUGGGGCCAGCGCAAAAAGGAGGGUUUCACCUUUGAAUACCGCUACCUGGAAGACCGGGACCUGCAGUGAUGCCCUGGGGCCAGCAGGGGGUGCCAAGCCUUCCUUCCAGAGACAGCUGCGGUGCACUGGGACAGCGGCAAAGGAAGAAAGACCAACGAAUCCCCCACCUCACCACAUUUCCCCCCUCCCCAACUUCACAAUCCUGUGGGGAUGGGGCGAGCCGCACGUUAAAAAAAAAUGCAUGCAAGUUUUAAAAGUGACCGCGGGACGGAAGAGGGGCAGCGGCAGGAUUCUCCUUGGCCUUUCCCUCGUCUGCCUGUAGCAUAUACGAAGGGGCUGGAAAAGGGGGGAAAUGCUCUUCGUGUGCACCGGGUUGGGAUGAGAGAGUGGAGAUUAAAAAAGGAAUUUGAGAAUCCCACCAAAAGAGUGACUUCCCCCUAGAUCUGCAUCAUCUUUUUAUGUAUCCCAAAUCAGAUAGUUUAUAUCCCUCCCUUUGCAACAAAUACAAAAACACACGACCCAUUUUUGAGGCAUUGUAAAAUACCUGCGAGUGAUGGUGAGACUCACCACCCUGCGGUCAGAAGUGCUGGGAACUGCUCAUGGUGACCUCCCUCUCAGCCUUGCCUGCAUUGCUUUCAAUUGCAAAGAGGUGGAUAAUAAAAUAGUACAAAUUGGGGGAGCCAGCCUGUGGCUGCAAAGGACCCCAGUUAACAUUCGGGUAGGUUGGCACCUUCUAUGAACUACUUAUUGGCUGCUGUCAUAACUCGUGCUUGCUUCUGCAAGCGAUGAUCAAACCUUGGCUUGGAAAAAUGCCAUCAAUUCCAUUUCUUCCCCCCCCCCACCCCGAACAUUGACUUAGGGAGCUUCCUUUGCUGCUUCUCUCCUUCCCUCCCGGCCCCACUUCCAAAACUUUGUUGCCACCCUAAAUUUGGUAUCUGACUCGCUGCUCCUCCCACAGAGGUGUCCACCCCACUUUGAUGACUUGCAAUUUAUUCCUGAUGAGAGGAUUAAGAUCUGGGUGGGGGAGAACAAAACCCCAGGGGAGUUGGGAAGGCAGCUCCCAUCUCUCAACUCCUCCCAUCUCUCUCUUUCCUCGUCCAGCCCCCUGAACUGGAGCACCCUGCCCAUGCCGCUGUUUAAGAUAUUUUUUCGUAAGCCUAUUUUCGUUUUGGAAAAUAUUUAUGAAUAAAUAGUUUUAUAUGA